GUUUGACCUGUUCUUGAAGGAGUCCGUUUCAGAUGACUCUGACAAGCAGCCCGGCCCUAAAAGCAGUUGUAAAUCCACCCAGGAAGCAGCAGCGCCUUGGUGGCAGGAAGACCAACGCAGCGGGAGAGCAACAGGGAGAGGUAGUAACCAGGAGAGGUUGGAUGGAACUAUGGGUUGAAUUUGUCAAGCUGAAUUGUUUCUGAUAUGAUUACUGUACAAUAGUUAAAUGUUCAAUGUCUACAUCUCAAAUCUGCAAUCUGUGCUUUUUGCCCUGAAACAGUUUGUUACUAUGAUAAAUGUAUCCUAGUGUCUGCCAGAAGUGAAUAUAUUUUUGGUAAUUUCAUGUAAGAAACGUUCUUCCAUCCUGUAAUGUUACUGACUCAAGCCACAACUGGCUUGUUGUAAAAGUACUUUUAUUUCAAUCCCAGUGGUCAACACUUCCAACAUGUAACAACAUAGUAGUAUACCUUAAAUCCUCAAUAGUGGCCGGGGCUUUUAUUCACAUAGGCUGCACAGCGCACCGGCCUGUAUUUGGGGCAGGCUUGUAUUAGGGGCAGGCCUUUAUUUCUUACUUACCGGUAUCUUCUGUUAUAGGAUUGUAUUAUUUAAAUAAAAUAAUGGGCAUAAUUACAGUAGGCUAAUAUCAUUCAUUGCAUAUGCGUUCAGCACUUCCUGCAACUAUUUACCGAUAGGCUACCGCUAGAAUGAAACCGGUAGACCUAUAGCUAAUCAACUUUCUGGAGACUAACCAUUGUUGUGGAAGAUUUUCUCGUGCAAUCGGGAAUCAGUUGAAAAGUCUCUUGUCAGUCAAAGUUGCAUUUUCCGUUUAUUUCUUGCAAGGAAGAAGAGGUCUGCAACAGCUGCACAUGGACAGGCAGUGGCAAGCUCCUUCUUAAUGUUUGAGAGGAACAUGGCUAUAUUUAUACAUCGACAGGGUUAACACCUUGGUUUUGUUAUGCUAAAGAGUUUGAGACAGGCAAGGAGGUCUCAGACUUGAAGGGAAACUCAAGGUGCUUACAACAGAUGUUUGAUUAGAUCUAGGACAAUAGCCAAAGAAGUUCACACCUUCUCCUUCCUCCACGCAGCGGUGUUAUGCAAAGACAAAUGGGAUCAAAGAGGAGAGGUGCUUUGAGAUUAUUCUGUUUAGAUCGUUCCCAUCUCUUGGGACUUCCUCAGAAUUAAAGUCACGAUUGGUUUUAGACAUUAAUCUAAUAGGACAUUAUGGCAUCAUUAUAUUUUGCCAUUACACCAUUUAGAAAUGAAUCAGUAAUAAACCACAGUGUCGGUCUUAAGAUACAUUGUUAAUUGCAGAUAUUUUCCAAUGUUCUCAAUUACAAUCAAGCAAGUCAAAAAUGUCACUCGGCAAAAAAAAAAGUUUAUAGCGCUUUAUUUGCAGUGUCAACAUAACAAUAAAUAUCUGGUCCUGUCAAAGGACAGCAAUCACAGAACGAACAGGAGACAACCAAAAUUGAACCAAAUGGCCAGGACUUAGACUAGGUCUGUCAUAUUACGCAACUACCAAAUUCAUCAGCAACAUCUGAACUAAAUGGACUUUGCAAAAUAGGUCUACAUCUAAAUAUAAUACUUAGGUCUACUUCCGAAGCUCACCAGUAAUGAGGCAACAUUUGUACAGCUAUUCGGCGUCCCCCUCAACAUCCUCUUCCCCAUCCUCAUCAUCGAGAACAACAAGUUAAUUAUUAAGCAGCUCCUCCUCGUCGUUCUCCUCAUCCUGGGCUACUUGCGUGCGGUUCUCCUCCCCCCGCUGCCGGAGCUGCGCCAGCGCAUCCCUACCAGCGGCGCAUGGCUGUCCCGCUUUGAAGCAAUGGAUGAGACGCGCCUUUAUGAACAAUAACAAAUUUGCCUAGUAGGCCUACGUGGUAAAAUGUUUGUUUUUUUGAUAACAGUCCAUGAAAUUAGCCAAUGACAUUAAAAAUAAGGAGAACAUGUAUUUAUGAAAUAUUACUUUUACAUUUUUUCUUUUUACCCCCGGCCUGUAUUUGGGGCCUACCACGCCCCCGGCUGAUAUCUGAAGCCCGGCCACUAAUUGAAUCCCGGUCUUUAUUUGAGGAUUUACGGUAUCAGUCUUUUCUCUCACCCGAUCUUAGAUGCUAUAUUUAUGCACUAACCACAGGUGCCUUCACUUAGUGGUUGGGAGUUAUAUUUUUUCUCAUGCAUUUUUCCAUACUUGGGUGCCCCUCAUGCACUCUUUUCAGCAUCUCUGGUCUCAGUACAUGAGGAAUGAGGAUUCUGUUAUUCCUCAAAAGUCCUUAUAGCACUCAGGUCACCUCUUAUGUUAUAGUACUUGGCCACUCUUCUUUCAGAAGCUUGAUGACGCUCUGUAAGCUUGCAUCUUUCUGUAUUUCUUCAGCAAUCUGCUUUGAUUUUCUGUCAGACACCGGUAGUGACUCGUUGAUUGGGUUCACAUGGAGAGUGACGUCAGUGGCUGUCGUGCACUCACCCUGUUCUUCACUCUGUGUGGUUGGUUUCGGACACAAACUUGGGUGGGCAAUUAACAUAUCCAUCUGUGUGUAGAGGCAUUCCGUGCUGGUCAUAGUUCUUGACGCAUAGGCAACUGGUUUCCAGUCUUUUCCAUCUUUUUGUAGUAAUGCAGCUCCUAUGCCAUUUUUAGUGGAUUUAGAAUCAGUGGAUUUGUUUAGAGAACGUCAACACUUGGUUACAACACUACAUCUGUAGUGCGCAUGGUUUUCAGACAUACCCACUCCUGUUCGUGAGCAGCAGUCCACUUAAAUUCACACUUUUCCUUUAACAGUUCUCCAGUUUUAGAUGCACUGUCUUGGAGGAUAAUUUGGGAAUUCAUUUUCCAAUGAAAUUGAUCGUCCCCAAUGCUCAGUGGUACACUUUGGGGGGCGCAGCAUAUUCUGAAAGAAAACCUUUGAAAGCUGUAACAUCCAUAUGGUGUGUUGAACGUGCAAUACUUUGUGCUUUCUUAAUGCAGUUUCAACUGACAAAAGCCUUGAGAGGCUUCCAGUUUGCUAAAGUAUUUUGCACCAGCCAUCUCGCUUGUGAUCUCAUCUGUAGUUGGGAACUGAUAAUGUUCCCCCUUUACGUUGUCAUUCAGAUCUUUAGGAUCCAAGCAUACGUGCAAGUCUCCAUUCGGCUUUCUGACACACAACAUGGAAUUAACCCAUUCUGUGGCCUUCAACUCCUAGUGAUAUCAUCUUGUUAAGUUUUUCUUUCAGCUUCUCCCGCAAUGGUGCUGGAACAUGUCUAGGAGCAUGGAAAACAGGAGAUGGCAAAAAGCAGAUUUAUCAAAACCGAAAGGUCUCAGCAUGAGAACGACAAUGACACCGUGAUGGGACCAGCUGCUAACACCACCGCUAUCGGCUUGGACACCAUAGAGGAAGAACAGGAAAAAGCCAGAUUCUUUGCCCAACUAGAGGCGGCCACAUGGUCAAAUCUAGAUUACUCCAUUCUGAACCGAGAACUGGACUUGACGUGUUCUACCCCUCCUGCUAACCUCAGGGUUGUCAAGGAAGUCGUGAAGCAGAGUGAUGACAAAAAGAAGGCUGAAGUCACAGCUUCUACAGGAUUUCCACAUUACAGUGAGGACUUUAAGGAAGAGAACAAAGGAGAAGAGCUGCUGGGUAAGAAGUCUAAAAUAUCUCCAAUCCUUGCCAAAGUUUCUCUCCAUGAUUCCCUGGAUGACAUGGGAGAGGGAAACGGAGGGAAGGACACAGCAGGCUUUCCAGACAGAGGCCAGUUGUAUGUGCAGAGUGGAGCUUCCGACAUGGAGGCUCUUCAUGAGGCCUACAGACAGAUCCAUUUGGUGGAACUUUCAGAUGGCCAUCAUCACCAGCAUCAAUCUAUGGAAGGGAUGGGAACAAUUGAGGGACCCAUGUCUCCAUAUUCUGCUCCCCAACAUGCCACAGGCUCCGUUCAGCCUGCAUCUACCAACGACUCAGAGCUUCCCACUGCAGAAGAGUUGAUGAGACCCAUUCGGCCCGAGAAGGACAUUAUUAGAGGCUUCACCCUGCAGCCCGUCAGUACUGGAGGACUUGAUGAUGAACCGCACCUCUUGGAAAGGACUUCUCCAAAUGUGACGUCUCAAAAGUCCCAACCUAAGCGAGCAGCUGAGGCUGGGCCUGUAGCAGGAACCCAGGGAACAAGGGGGUUAACCAGCCCCCCGUGCAGCUCCCCAGACCCACCCAACCUGAUGUGGAGCAGCAGACAAGAAAUAGAGAAGUUGAUGCAGGAGCAGAACAAAUGCUCUUUUUCCACGUCCUCUCGGGCCGGAAAAGCAAAGAAACAGCAGGCUGCACUUGAAUCCAAUGCUUCUCACAGGAGGCUGGAUGGGAGAACAACAGGGCCUUCAAGCUCCUCAAAGCCGAAUGGAACUGCUGCGUCAGCCAAAACCCAGCCUUCUGCCUUCCGUUCUCUGCAGAAUUCACGGGAAAAAGCCAAAUCCACAAAGAGCCAAGAAAAAGCGGACCACACAGAAGCGGGUCUUAAGGUGAGCGGUGAACUGGUGGCGUCUGUUCAGGCCUUGGUGGCUGUCCUCCAACAGCAGAUCGACAGCAGCAGUCAGCAGGAUGCCCCACACGCACAAGUAGUCCCCAGAGCGACACAUGACUUCAUGAUGCACGUGAUGUCUGACUUGCAAAGGGAGGAGGGUGGCUCUCUGGUGCAGGAGCUGAGACUCCAGCUGGCUCACAAAGAGAGGGAGCUGCAGGUCAUGAAGGAAGGCGCAGAAGAAAUCAAAACUCUCAGACAGCAGAACUACCAUCUGCAAAGCAAGCUGCAAAGUGCAGAAAAAGCUAGUCAGAAUAAGAGAUGGGUUGAGGCCACUGAUGUAGCUCCAGAAGAACAGCUCCAGCAGAUUGAUAAGGAAAUAAAAGAGCAGGAGACGCUCAUCAAAGGUUACCAGCAGGAGAAUGAGAAGCUGUAUUUGCAGAUGACGGUACAGCAAGCCAAGAGUAAAGCCAACGAGGAGGCCAUGUUUAGUGAAAACCAUAGGCUGCUCAGUGAGCUGGCUUUCACAAGGGAGCAGCUGCAUAAAACCUCAAAGACUGUGGGAAGUAUGUGCUUAGUGGAUCACACGCAACGCAUUGCAGACUUGUCAGCCCAACUAAAUACAUUUCAGAGGAACGAGGCCAAGCUGUCUGAGGACUUCCACAGAGUGCAGCAAGAAAAGCAGGCCCUGGAGGUAGAACUGCAGCUGAUGAAGAAAGAGAGGGACCUGGCUAAAGCUCAGACCUUGUCUGCCUCAGUAGACACGACUGUUGAGAUGCACAUGUUGGAGGAGAAGCACAGAGAAGAAGUUGUUGCCUUGAAAAAGAAGCUUCAGUGGUUUGCUGAGAACCAGGAGCUGCUGGACAGAGAUGCUCGCAGACUUAACGAUGCUAUGGCUGCGAUACACCAACUGGAAGAGCAGGUAGAGAGGCUGAAAGGAGAUGUGGACAAAAGAGGCAGUGAGCAGCAGAGGAAGAGCAAAGAGAAAACGGUGGACACUAAGAGGAUACAGGACCUUCAGCGACAGGUUAAGGACCUGGAACAGAUACUAAGAUGUAGAAAUCCAAACUCCCUGCCCGCUCUGAUCUACGCUGCAGCCGCGGCUGGCUGUCAGGAGGAUUUAGCCGCUAAAACGUCCCCACCACCCAGCAGGGUCACCGCCCUGCUGGAACGCAGGAUCCAGCGUCUGGAGGCUGAACUGAAGGGUCACAAUGAGGAGGCCAAGCACGGCCUGCGGGCCAUGGAACAACAGUUCAACAUGAUCAAGCUCCGCUACGAGCAGCAGAUUGCCAACUUGGAGCAGCAGCUGAAACGGAAGCAGCGCAUGGAAACUCUGGGGCCCAAUGAGCGACGGAGGUCUCAGGCUGGACCUGUGAAGGAAGAGCUGCAGCGUGUGGAGGAAAGCCAUCGGCAGAGAGAACGGUCUCUCCAGCAGCAGCUCACACUCGCGGUUGGCACAGAAGCUGCACAGGCCCAGUCCAGUCCAGGCCGACACCCGCACCAAGACCAUGCGUCGAAGACACGCACUGUUCUCUGCCGCACUGUGGUAAGACUGCAGAAGGAGAGGAGGAAUGUGAUGUCCGUCCCCAUCCCACAAGCAGAAACCCGCCCUACAGAGAUAAAGAGACGAGACCGCUCAGCCAAAACUCUCCGCUGCACUGGUGUAGGAGGAGAAGAAACGUUUCCAACCGCUCAUUGUGAGAAGACCUACCAGCCCUCGUUCUUCACAGGCAGUCACAUCUCUGAGGUAGUGCAGGAGAACGAGGCUUUGAGGCAGCACGUGGAGUGGCUGCAGCUGCAGAGCGAGCAGGAGAAGGAGGCGUUGCGAGCUGAUUAUGAGCGGGCCAAGGAGGAGCUGUGCAGGCUAGCGGGGCACUCUGCAGAGCAGCUGACCUCCAUAAGAGCAGAGCACCUCAGGGUGCUGGACCAGCUGCACGCCAGCCAUGCCCUGGAACACUCGUCCUCAAAGGUUGCUGACUUGGCCAAUAAGCUCAGCGUGCAGGAGAUAACGGUGAAACAUUUGCAAGACCAGCUGAAAGAGAUGCAGGGAGUAAAAGAGGCUCUGGUGAUAUCCAGGACCAGAGAGGAAGCUCUGCAGAAGCAGCUGACCGGACUGCUGAAAGAGCUGAAGGAAGCUAAAGAAGCUCAGACUCCAGAAGUAAAGCUCCUGUGUGGCCUGGAGAGGAAGAUUGUCAACAUGGAGCGCAGGCACCAGCACAGGGAGAAGGAGCUGCAGCAGGUGAUUGUGGGCUCAUUGCAGACGUUGGAGACUGACCAGCAAUCAGAGGUGGAGUGCUGGAAGCGUCUUGCUCAGGACAAGAGCAGAGAGUUGGAGGCUUUUCAUCUGGAGCUGGACUCUAUCCUGGACAUCCUGAGACAUCUCCAAAGACAGGGAGUGGUCCUCCCUCACUCCUGACCUCUCUUUACCCAGAGGGGAUAUUGCACAAUGAAGAUUGACUGAUGUCUAUUAGCUAAUGCUUAUAAUCGUAUAUCUAAAUCAAAUAUGGACAACGUUAGCGACAGUCCCGGUCUCAAGGUCAGAAUGAGUUCAUGUGAAUCUUCUUAGUUCUUAGCCCCCUCUAUCAGAGAAAGACCCCGAUCCUAGUCCACAUCAGCUUACUUUUUAUUAACACAUACAAAUAGAAUUAAAGCUUUGUUAACAUACUGUACUGCUUUCUUAGUUUUAUGUAUAUUUUGAAGCUGGUGUGUUUAAAUUAUUGUAACUUUUUGAAAAUAAAUGUUUGGGGUUUUUGCAAGUCUAAACGGAAAGUCAUGACAUUGGCCCCUUUUGAGGUAAUCUGACUCUGUUAAUGCACAUGAUUUAUUUUUCACUGGGAAGGGUAUUUACUGCUGAGCAGGUCAACCCACAACCUGCAGGUGGGCCGGGUUUUGGGAGAACUUACUGUAAAAUGUCCAGAGCGAAUAAUUAAACAUACUAAAAAUGCAUUUCCUACAGAAACUGCGUUGGAAUGCAUGAAGCUGAAAUUUAUUUCAGAAAGUUGCUUAAAGUACAGGAAUUAAAAAAGCUGAAAUUAUAGCUGGAAGAAACAUAGCUGAAAGAAUAGAAAGAAGAAGCUGAAAUAAAUUAAAAAAUUGCUGAAUACAGAAAUUAGAAUCUGAAAUUAACUUGAAUGAAUUGCAAAAGAACACAUGGGAGAAGCUUCUAUGAAUUUGAAAAGCUUAAAUUACUUUUAAACAUUGCUGAAAGAAUAGAAAUAGGAAAAGCUGAGAAUUGUACUGAGGUUUAGUGCUAGUUAUAGUUGUAAUUGUUGUACUAGUGGUACUAGCUGGGGAAGAAUUUGAUGAGCAGCAUUUGUGUGUGAGUCCCUCAGGACUGUGGGGUGACCUUUCUUGGGAAACCUGUGACCUGUCCGUGUUUACAAUAGCCUCCUGUCUUAACAGAGGGGCCAACAGAUGCCUUGACUGAUCUACAGUAUAUCCUGUUUUGUUACUUGUUUCGUGUUGGUGAUUGACUUGGCGCCAGUAAGAGGGGUCCCACUUGAAGGGCAUAAAACAGUGGUCCCCCCUCUCCCUGGUGUCAGAUCUUCCUGCUCCUCUGAGGGAGAAGGAACAAUCUGUCCCUUUUCAGCUGAAUUGUAGUCAUUUGACUUCUGUCUGUACGGCUUGUGUUGAUGAUUUCUGUAAUCUUAAUCAUUUUUCUAUAUUCUAGUUAGUAAUAAAUAUUUAAUCAUAAAGC